AUGUUCGAAUCCUCGGGAGAUUUUACACCUAAUGCACUGGAUUCUUCGAUCGAGGUUAUAACGAGUUUCGCUUUUGAAGUAUUGAUUUUUGAGUACGGAGGCGAAAUAGGACGUCGCAUGGCCCCAGAUGAACGACCACUCGAACAUCAAGACGAAUUUCUGAAGCUGCUUGGCUACGAGGAAGUUUCACGACGAGCACGUCUUGGAGUAGACCCCGAACUACGUCAUCUCAUCGCUUUUCAUAUAGGACCCACGGAGCCAUCUCAGGAUUUAACGGGACACAGCCGUUGCGGGAGCGCUCUUGUGCUAAAGGGUCUAGUUUUUCCACAAUGGAAAAAACGUGUCCUGGCUGUCAUCGGAUCAAGACUUUUUCUUUACCCCGGAUGUCCCGAGUCGCGGCCCGAAUGGAUAGAAUUACAAGGCGGAGCUGUUUGUUAUGCCCCAUCACGGCUGGGAAAGCUCGUUUUGCGCGUCACGGGCUACCCGCGGAUCUACAACCAGCAGGCAGUCCAAGAGCAAGACCGAGACUCUGAGGAAUUCCAACAGACAACCAGCGGGGAGCCCGGACAUCAGCGGCAAGAACUUCACCGCGAGACCCGGCACCUUUACUUGGGCUUCCAGCAUCCCUGGGACCGAGACCUCUGGCGCAGUUGGCUCAAACAGCAGAAGGGAGUUUUGCAAAUAAAAUUACCAACUGUUGCGUAUUCUUUAAGCUCGAGUCUUCUUAGGAGACAAAAGUGUAGAUCUAUACACGGAUAA